AUGGAUCGAAUUGAAGUUCUUAAAAAAAAUCUAAAUGUUGAAAAAGUAUUUAGUCAUUUGAAUUGGCAUGAACUUAUUUUAGAUGAAUUAUCUGAUGAUUCCCAUUAUGAAAAAUUAGAAAGUUAUAAAAAUUGUAAUGAUCUGUUUUCUUAUCCAAGUCAACAUAAUGAAGAUGAUUAUGUAAGUAAAAAAAAAGCAUUGAAAAAAAAGAAGAAAUUGGGAAAUAUAUCCAAUGAAAAAAAUUAUAAUUGUUAUUCUAGAGACAAAUGUACAAACAAGAAUGAAGAAAUUGAGGAAAAAAAUGAAAUAGCUAAAAGUAACACAAAUAAUGAUUAUAAAUGCUAUUUUUUUCAAAAUAUUUCUCUUUUUUCUUAUAUAUCGAAUUUGUUUUCUAGAGAAAAAAAAAAAUAUGAAAUGAAAAAGUGUAAUUUUAUAAAAGAAGUGAAAAAAGGUUUAACAAAUAAAAUAGAUUUUAUUCCUCCAGUAAAUAUUUUAUAUGAUGAUGAAAAGGUAAUAUUCCUAUUUUUUAUAUCAGGUGUUUUGGAAAAUUUUAAUAUUUUUACUCUCAAUAAUUAUAUUACAAUAUCUGGAAAAAAAGUUCCUUAUGAAGUUCAAAGAUGUACUAAUUAUUUCUCUCAUGAAAUAACAACAGGAUAUUUUAUGAGAACAUACUAUUUUACAAAAUCAUUUGAUAAAGAAAAAAUUCACUAUGAGCAUAAAAAUGGUGUUACACAAAUAUAUGUUUAUAUUUCUAAUGAUCAUGUUUUAUAA